AUGGACAAGUGCAAACUCAAAAUGAUGUUCGAAGCCAUCAUCGUUUCCCCAGCCCAGCCCAGGCCCCCCGCGGAAGCCAUACCCGUCAGCUCCGGAAGCUGGGCAUUUCCCUGCCUUCCGCGACAAACCGUCCGAGCCGAGACCUCUGAAGCUAAAAUAGCUAGCCUCGCAAACCAGGUGUGGCACCACGGACAUGAGCUCUAUGUCAUCCGGGAAGCUCAGUGGCUCGCAAACAUAUUGUUUACCACCACCACCCACGUCGCUUUCUCGCUUCAGUGUCGCUUCGGGCUUGUCGACCAGUCGGCGGUCGAGGAUUUGCUACGUUGGCGACAAUCCCAUAACUUGUGGCGAGGUCCUGCCGAGACUCCGGGGGGCUUACUAGGCUCGCUUGCUCACGCCCUCGUCCUCUUCCGUUCUGGCCCUUCUCGUGUAAACUUGUCAUAA